UUAAAGACUUAUCAUUUCGCGCUCACCUCGAAGGAUCUUCUAAACAUUCGGUCCAGUAGUGAGUCACUUUUCUAACGUAUCGUCAGCGGUGAUCUUACGCCACCGAUCUUACAGUUAUGGUACUACUAAUUGUCGUCAGUUUCUUUUAUUAUCUCAUGCAAGUACACUACAUGUACCUACUUAGUCGUCAUUUUCAUUAAAUAAAAACGAGUCGUCGACUAAUUUCUUGUUUUAUCCUCUCACGAGCUAAUCUUUGGUCUCCUAGCACGCUUCAUAACUUCAGGAUAAAUCCAAACUUGUGGUAGGCCAGAGGCCGCGUUAACUGUGGCUGGAAGUUUCGGCUAACUGCGGUUCCUGAUGUUUUCGAUAUCCUGCUAUGUGGAGGCUUUUCGAAGCUAGCUGGAGUAUUUCACUUUAAGGACAUGACAUUCGUUAGUUGCGAAGAUCCAUGUUAAUUGAAUUCAAUGUAAAUCAUAUGGAGGUUGCCAGAUCGAUUUCAUCAAUUAUUAAAAGGACUGUUGAUCCAACUAUGUUGUUUGAUAAAGGUGACUAUAUGGAUGAAGUACUAUGGCAGCUUCUUUGUACUAUUUAUGAUAUACCAUCAUCAAACUUCACGAAAGUUUACUUCUUGAAAUUGUUCAUGAUGACCGCCACUGACCUGGGAUAUGCUGGAAAUUUCACUUUGAGUAAUUUUUCCCGAGAUAAAAGAGACCGGCGAAAAUGGAUACCUUUCCUAUCAUGUUUAGUCUCUUGGUUUGAAUGUGCUGACACUGAGAUUCUACAGAUGGUCGACGAAGCAAGAGAAAGAAAGAACAACUAUGCAAAGCUUUUAAGUCUGGUGGAAUCUCGGGAACAUGAAUUACAAACACUUCGAGAGGCUGAAUCCAAACGGCGUAGCAUUGUUAAAGACCUUGAAAAGGAAGUGUACGACGUUAAGCAUCGUUUUAAUGAAAGGAGUGAAAAAAUGUCGUCUGCAGAAAAUUUAUUACUGUCUCUAGUUUCAUCAACUAAACAGAAGAAAGGACAGAUAGAGUCUUCUCGCGAACGACUUCAAACUUUGCUCGAAGAAUAUGAAAAUGCACGAUCGCAUCAACUUGAAAAUUGUGAAAUGUUACCUGAAUCGAUUUCAAGAGUGAAGUGUCAACUUGAUUCAAUUGAAUCAGAUAUGCAUAGGUUAUUUGAAGCCUUUAAUCACAUUGUGGAUCGUAAUAUAACACUUCAAAGCUAUGAAUGUUUACUGGAGUCAGAAUUGAAACCAGCAAUGGAUCAGGGGUAUGUGGUGAUGGAUAAACUUGAAUCAUGUGAAAAACAAGAGAAGAGUACUCAAGGUAAAAUUGAUGUUCUAACUACAGAUUUAAAAAAUAUGGAUAUUUCGUUAAAUGAAGCUAAACAACACUUAGUGGAAUAUCGAUCACAACUAGUAAGAAAAAAAGUAUUGUUGAAUACUAAAAAAAAGACACGUGAAGCUGAUAUCGCCAACAAGACAAAGGAGAACGAAUCAUUUAUAUCUGAACGACAACAUUUGAAAACCCGAUUAUCCGAAAUAGCCCAAGAAAAUUCCUCUAUUGUUGAGCAAAUCAAUUUAGAAGAACAAAGGCUUCAGACGAUCUCGAAAAAUCAUGUCCACGUUGAAGAGCUUAACAAAUCGUUAUUGGAAAUAAGCCAAAUGGUUUCUACUAAGGCACCUUUUCCUACAUGAAAACUGCCAUUUCUGAUACAAGUUACGUAUUUGGUUUAAGUACAUUUUAACAUUGAAAACGAAGUCAUCAAAACUAUGUACAUGUAUAUCUAUAUAUCCGUUUAUUAAUUUCUAUUAUUUUCAUGUAUAAUUUUCAAAAAAUACAAGAUAAUAUUUUCAGUGACUAAUUAUACACCUAAUACCUCUCUUUGA